AAAAGUACUGCUCAUGCAGUUCAAGUGCAAUGAUGAAAUUGGGAGUGAAUUCUAACUUCCAUUUAAGUAAAACAUGUAAUAUGCAUUGAUGUCAGUUGGAGACCUGAGUCAAAAUUAAUCUUAAAUAGAUGUUAAGAUUCACCUGUUGAUGGACUGCGGAAGCAUUCGGCAGUGUGCUGGUGUCUGAUUUUCUUUCAUGACGUUACCACCCUGCAGCUGAAAGGAACCAAACUGGAUGUGGGUACAGUACCGUACUUCUAAACUGUGAGAGUGGCUGAGCUUUGGUGUGUGUAUGGGACUCUCUUCUAUGUUUGAGUGAACUAAAGGAUGUUGUUUACUGAGCUCCCAUUGGUUAGUGACAAGAAGGGGAUGAGUUGUUUAUACUUUUUUUUUUAAGGAUACUGUUCUCUCUGCCCUACAAUGAUAAAAGCUGUAGAACCAGUCUGAGGUGUUGCCCAGCAGUCAGGAACACUGGUCACAUUCAUGUCUACAAACUGUUUCACCCACUUUAUAUGCAUAUACCUUAUUCAUGGCUCAUCCUAUAUAAUUGUUUUUUCAAUUUUCUGGAUUAUGUGUGCAUUUUUAUUGCUAUGUUUUACUGCACGUUUGGAGCUAGCAACACAAGCAUGUCGAUGCACCUGCAAUAACUGAACAUCUGUGUACUCAACCAGUAAACUUUGAUUUGAGGGACUAGGAUCAGAUGAAGAUGGAUAAAACAUGUUAUGCAUGAACCUCAUCUCUAUAUUGGACAGUGCUCUAUAAUCCUGGUCCUGGAGAGUUUACAUGGUGUGCAUAGAUGAUAAAUUGAUUAACACACCUGCUGUUCAAUUUAUCGUCUAUAAGGGAUACUCACGUUCUGAAAAUAGAGACAUGGCACUUUGUGUUGCACAUUGCAGACAGAACAUUAACUUUCAACUCUAUAUAUGUGAGCCCUCUUUUGUUAUUUGCAUUUUUCGUUGCAAAAUUCAUAGACUCACAAAAACUCAUGAUUCCCAACAAAAGCUUUUUGUUUAUUACGUUAACGCCCCUCAAACGGACCUAUCGAAGUAUCCGUCACCUCCCAAUGACUUCACUUCCCAGUACCCCACCGCACUCGCCCUUGCAAAGCUUGCUGCUAGCGGUGUCACAGCAGAUACAGAGCAGCAUGGAAGGUGACAGUUACUAAAGUCAUAGUUGGGGCAAUGAAACGGAAAAUAAUGUCACAGACAGUGCCUCCGGGAUCUGAAAACGUUAGCGACACGAAAGUGUUCCACUUUCAAGAGUUUUAUAUUCAAAACGUGGACACACUUUGAACAUUGACGUGACAGAUUGCUGUUUAGCUAGCUCGCUAACCCUGCUAGCUAAGUUAUUUUGGUGUGCAGAAUCAAUUCGAUAGCCAUCGCUAAACUCAAGGACGGCGUAGGGUGGAGACAGGCUGCCAACUGAAUAUUUAAAGAAAACGUCUGUAAAUUCAUUAAAAAAAAUAAAGAAACCCGGAAGGAUCCACAGGGGGUGCUAGGAUAUCGACAAGUUUCAGGUAGUUGGCGUUGGCGCCUCCCGGUGGCCGGUGUGUAUGAGUGUGGGCAGCGGCUGGUGAGCGUCGUAGUCCACGGGGAUGGGGAAUGGAGUCCAGCAACACCAGGCAACACCACUCACACAAGGAGAGGUGCUGCCACUGCCCUCCGACAGCCAGGCAGAGGGUCUAAAGCCCCAGACACGGUCCGUGGUUAACUCCCUCCUCUCAGGGGCCUUAGCUGGAGCCUUGGCCAAAACCGCUGUGGCCCCGCUGGACAGAACCAAGAUAAUCUUCCAAGUGUCCUCAGCAAGAUUCUCUGCCAAGGAGGCGUAUAGGUUGAUCUAUCGGACCUACCUUAAGGAUGGCUUCCUCAGCCUGUGGAGGGGCAACUCUGCCACCAUGGUGCGGGUCAUCCCCUACGCUGCCAUCCAGUUCUGUGCUCACGAGCAGUACAAGAGACUACUGGGUGGAUACUUCGGCUUCCAGGGAAAAGCCCUGCCGCCGGUGCCAAGGUUACUGGCGGGUUCUAUGGCCGGUACCACAGCUGCCAUGCUCACCUACCCUCUGGACAUGGUGCGAGCCAGGAUGGCUGUCACGCCCAAGGAGAUGUACAGUAACAUAAUCCAUGUGUUUGUGCGUAUCUCUCGUGAGGAGGGUUUGAAGACACUGUAUCGUGGUUUCACCCCCACCAUACUGGGUGUGGUGCCCUACGCUGGACUCAGUUUCUUCACCUACGAGACUCUCAAGAAAAUGCAUGCAGAGCGGAGCGGUCGCCCCCAGCCCUACUCGUACGAGAGGUUGGUGUUCGGGGCAUGCGCAGGUCUCCUGGGCCAAUCAGCUUCCUACCCGCUGGAUGUGGUGCGGCGGCGCAUGCAGACGGCGGGCGUAACUGGGCACACCUACGGCACCAUCCUGGGUACCAUGCGGGACAUCGUGGCGGAGGAGGGCGUGGUGCGUGGACUCUACAAGGGCCUCAGUAUGAACUGGGUCAAAGGGCCCAUCGCUGUGGGCAUCAGCUUCACCACCUUUGACAUGACACAGAUCCUUCUGAAGAAGUUGUACCAGCUGAGGUAUAAUAACAGGUAAGCAGUAGGGAGAGACUGGUGGAGGGAUGGAGAAGGCAACGGCGAGGGGAAUGAGGACCAUAGAUAAUAGCAGGACAGUCGCUCUAUGAGAACCUCGGCACAAACGACGUGAAGGCCAGGAUGAGAAAACAAACAUUGUCGUUUUCUAGGGUCAAGGCAUAACGGAUUGGGGAAUGUGUGAUUGAGUGAUCCAGGUCAGCACAGUGGACACACACAGUGUGUGAAAUGAAUGUCUUCAUCUUUGUGUAUGUACAUGGAGGCAUGAAGUCUCAUAAGAGGUACAUUUGGUGGGUCAUAAUAUACACACUAUGGUCCUGUACGUCAUGUUCAGGUGCAAUAUGUUCAGUUAUUUCAUGUGUGUAAUAUUCACACAAAAUACACAAGUGUGUGUGUAUGUGUGUGUGAGACAGAGUGACAAUGCACACCUUCCGGGUGUCUCCCUUGCCUUGCGUCCCUACUUGAAUAGGGGACCUCCCAACAGUCUGGAUCAGAUGAGUUGUUCCUGUCUAUCUCCUUCCACAUGAGUUGGAUUUGACUUUUAUCAAACGACAAUGUGCCCCCAUGAGAUUUUGUUUUGUUUGGUUGAUGAUUUUUGUUUAAUGAGUUAUACCAAAGCAUAUACAAGACGGGCAUUGUAAUUAAUAAUAUGAUUUAUGACUAGAGAAGAUUGAUAUUAAUCUCUUUUUUUUUUUUGGUACAGUGAAGUUCUCACAAGAAAUA